GGUCGGGCUUCAUCAAGCUGUGGAAGGUGCCAACCUGCGAGCCGACCCUCACCAUCCGGGGUCACGAGGACCGCUGCCACGGCAUCGCGUGGCACCCGCAGUGCAAGGGCGUGCCGCCCUUCGAGGGCAAGACCGUCCGCCUCGCCUCGGCCUCGGCGGACUCCAGAGUAAACCUGUGGUGCCUGACCGAGAGCCAGCCCCUGAACGUGCUAGAGGGGCACGAGGACGACCGCGUGAACCGGGUCGUGUUCCACCCCAUGGGCGAGCACCUCGUCUCGACGUCCCACGACAUGAGCUGGCGCCUGUGGGACAUCGCCACUAGCACCGAGCUGCUGCUACAGGAGCGGCCACUCGCGGCCCACCUACGCGGCCGCCAUGCACCCCGACGGCUCCAUGGUGGCCACCUCCGACCUCGGGGGCGUCGUGCGCGUCUGGGACC